AUGUCUCGAACAGAAGAGGUCAACAAGAUGACAGAAAAUGUCUAUAAGGGGAUUCUGGACCAGUUCAAUCCCAGUCUGAAGAACUUUGUGACGAUGGGGAAACACUAUGAGAAAGCCCUGACAGGAGUGACUGUGGCUGCCAAAGGGUACUUUGAUGCUCUGGUGAAACUUGGAGAGCUGGCGAGCGACAGCCAAGGCUCCAAAGAGCUGGGAGACACACUGUUUCAGAUGGCCGAGGUCCACAGACAGAUUCAGGUGCAGCUGGAGGACGUGUUGAAGCUGUUUCACUCCGAGCUGCUCGCCCAGUUGGAGCAGAAGCUGGAACUGGAUAUUAAAUACCUCACAGCCACUCUAAAGAAGUAUCAGAGUGAGCGGAGGUCUAAAUCUGAGUCUAUCGAGCGCUGCCAGUCUCAGCUGAAGAAACUCCGUAGGAAGAGCCAGGCCAGCCGCCACCCAAACAAAUAUGGAGACAGAGAGAUGCAGUUUGUGGAGUUGAUGAGUCGUCGCCAAGGCGAGCUGGACACACUGGUUGCCUCGGGUUACAAGUCUGCGCUCACAGAGGAAAGGAGACGAUAUUGCUUCCUGGUGGACAGACAGUGUUGUGUCACCAAACUGCUAAUCAACUACCACUCCAAGGUGAGAGAGCUUCUGUCUCAGAAACUCUCUUGUUGGCAGCAGUCAUGUUCUCAGCCCACAAAACUCCCAGAGCGCGCUCUCAAUCUGCUGCGUCACACUGCGCCUCAAGGCUCAGGGGCUGCUGGGAUAGCCGAGGUCCUCCGCCACACAAAGAUCGGCUCUGCUCAGCCAGAACAGAGGCUUUCUGUUCAAGAAGUCCCUCCUCUGUUGAAUGGAGACUCCAGUCGCUCCCAGCAGCGCUCACUCCCCUCCUCCUCCCAGAGUGAAGGCUGUCCUCCUCAGGGCUCCCCUCAGACCUUCUGCUCUCUCUCCACUGGAGAAGCUGCCGGAGGUUCAUCCCUUGGAGCGUCUCCUCAGCACACCAGCACACCCCUCAGUGCUUCAGCCAGCCCCCUCCCCGACAGCAGUGCCAGCGGCAGCGUCAGCCCUGCUGCAUCCACCCCCACCACCUCCGGGGGUUCGGCCCAGCAGAGCUCUCUCCUCCUGGCCACCAACACAUCCAACCUCUCCCCGAGCCUCAUCCCCUCCACGGUGAUGUCGCUUAGCCAGAUCUCCUCGGCCGGUAGCUCACUGCAUGGCAUGACCCUCCCCAUCCCCCACAGCGCUCCUCACAGUCCGCCACUGCCCCACAGUGCUCCUCUGUCCAGGGCCAUGACCCCUGUGCAGUUACUGCACCAACAGGUGGGACCAGGAGGAAGCAGUACUUCUUCAUCGUCACAUAAUCCCUGGCUGCUGAAGACCGCCGACAUGUGUGCAACAGCAACCCUUCCACUGCCGAAGAGACCUGUCAGUGAAAUGAGGCUGGGCGGCUUUCAGGGCUCCAGUCUCCCCAGGAUGCUGCCUUUAUCUGGACCUUCCUGUGUGGAAGCCAUGUUCGCUCACACUCCCGGAGCAUCUGAGGGUGGAGGCUUAGGGGGCGGGGCUUGCCUUCUUCACUUCCUGCCUGGUGACAACAUCACCUUGCUCAUCUCUGAGCCCAGAGACGGGUGGCACUAUGGUCAAAAUGAACGAACUGGACGGAAAGGCUGGUUCCCUUUCUCCUACACUCAGUCCCAACACAGUAAGACGGAUCACCUCGAGAGCUCUCUCUUCUUGUCCAAGGCUAACAGCACCAGUACGGGUCAGCUCGACAAGCUGGUGUCUGCAGGCCUCCCUGCCCUCACCCCCGAGUCAGAGGAGGAGCCUUCCCUUCCUCCCCAGAGGGUCAGCACCUUCCGCCCGCGCCCGUACAGCAUGGCAGACAGCAACAAGAUCACCGCAGAAUUGGUCUCUCCACCACCCUCUCCAGCCAGGGCCAAUCCAUUUGCCCACGUCCGACUCAGAAGAACUGUCACCAACGAUCGCUCAGCUCCCAUCAUUGAGUAA